GCGGUGCUGCGAACCAUGGGUCAUCUCCAAGUGCUGUCGUUUAUGGGCGAGGGCUUGGCUUUUCGAACGCCGCCGGCGUUUCAGGCGGCAGCUUCGGCUGGUGACUGGGCAGCGCUGGACUGGCUGUCAGGCGGCGGGGCGGAGUGGGCAAAGCACUUCAGCAAGCGGCUGAGUCGCGGGGAUGGGCCGCCUCCGCCUCCGCCCCCAAGGAUCCAGAGUUUCACCGGUGGCUCCGAGCAGUACCUCCUAGAUACCGGUCUCUUGUCCAGCACCCCCUACCUGUCGUCCAUGUCUAGCAGUAGCGGUGCAAACAAAGCCACAUCUGCAGCCGUACAGACCCCAAGCCUGGUGUGGAACUACACAUCAGCGGCCGAUACACGUGCUGACGUGGAGGACGCCUGGCGGAGGCUGGGCAGCACGAUUGUUCUGACAGGGGUGCUGGUCGGGGCGGCGUUGCUGGUGCAUGGCUGCGCAGCCAUCGCACCCUCAACCAGUCGACUGUCACGGCUCACCGGCUACAGCCUUCACGUGGUCUGGCCAAAGCCGCUGCUGGUGGUGCUGACUCUAACAAUCCCGCCACUGCUGUUCGCUGCUUGCGGCGCACUCAGCCAUGAAGCUGCUAGCGGCAGCGGUGCCUCAGUGUCGGUUGGGGCGGGAGCCGUGGUGUUUGUGGCUUUGAGCUGCUUUGCGGCUCUGGGAGUGCUCACGUGGCUGGCGAUUGUAGUGCUGCGGGCGGCACCUAGCAAGCUUGUCGCAACGACAGCAACGACGAGCCUCUGUCCGUCAGGCCAGCCAAUGCAGCCGGAACCGCCAACUGCAGCUGCAUGCGGACCACCUGGAGAUCCGCAGCCGCCCCAGCCGCCUGUGAACGCAGACGAUGGAGCCUCGGAGCCCCCUGGGUGCAUUGCUCCACUGCAUGCUGCCUCGUCACGUCAACCUCCUCCCUCUGCCAAUCCUGGUUUGCAUCCUUCCGACGCUUCUCGUCCACCGCCAGACUCCGGCCCACCGAACCUACCAAAUCAGCUCUUCACAGCGCGCAGCGUGGCCCCGCCGACGGCGGCCAGUGGCCCACCCAUGGGACCGCGGCUGCUGGCUGCAGCACCACUGCAGCUGAUGGACGUAGACGAUGCUGACGCUAAGUCCGUGCAGCCACGGCACGGUACACCUCCGCUGCCAGAGCCACAACUGAUGCCAGCGGCACCCCGUCGACCGCAGCCCACGAGAACCAGCCAGCAGCCGCAGAUGCCGUCGCCGCCGUGGCCUCCCUUGCUGCCCCCACCGGCACCACCGCCGCCGCCAGUGUCUCUGCUGUUGCCGUACGGAGCAACAUCUGGUGCAAACGGCGGCAAUGCUGCUAACGACGGCGUUGCCGCUGGUGUUGGUCUGGUAGCAAGUGGACGACAAGCAAAUGUACGGGAAGACGUUUCUUUUACG